GAAAAAGCGGAGCAUAGCAAGCGAUAGGAGGACUAUAUUGUUUAUACUUUGAGGAUAUAUUAUAAAACGCAAUUAAAAUGUCGGGAUUUGAUGAUAACCCAUUUGCAGAGUCGUCCAAUAUUAACCCUUUCCAGGAUCCCUCGGUUACAGAAGUGACCAACUCUGGCGUAAACCACAUUGAGCAAUUGAACCCUUUCCCAUACCAUCAUACGGAUAGCCUAUCAGGGCCCACCAUUCCGGCCUCCACGAUCCUUUCCCAGCCUGCCGUGCUGCAGCCGUCAACAGAGCCCAGCCCACAGGCCACGGAGCGCAGAGAGCAGGAGUUGCAGAGCAGGGGCGGCUCAACAGGGAAGGAAAACAACUGGCCACCUCUUCCCAAGGCUUUUCCCAUAAAUCCUUGCUUCUACCAGGACUUCUCGGCAGAGAUUCCCAUGGAGUAUCAGAGGGUCUGCAAGAUGGUGUACUAUCUGUGGAUGUUCCACUGUGUGACUCUGUUCCUCAACCUACUGGCCUGUCUGGCCCUCUUCACCAUGGACGCGUCCUACGGCGUGGACUUUGGCCUGUCCAUCCUUUGGCUCAUCCUGUUCACCCCCUGCUCCUUCCUCUGUUGGUACAGACCUGUCUACAAGGCCUUCAAGUCGGACAGCUCCUUCAGUUUCUUCUUCUUCUUCUUUGUGUUCUUCUGCCAAGUGGUGGUGUUCAUUAUCCAGUCUGUGGGCAUCCCCAGGUGGGGAAACAGUGGUUGGAUCGCCUCGUUGUUCGUCAUUUUCUCCAACAAGGCGGUGGGAGCCAUCAUGAUGGUGGUGGCCUACUUCUUCACCAGCUGUGCUGUGCUGUCAAUCAUUCUGCUUAGAUUGGUGCACAGCCAGUACCGGCGUACCGGGGCCAGCUUCCAGAAGGCCCAGCAGGAGUUCUCCCAGGGUGUGCUCACCAACAAGACCUUCCAGACGGCCGCCGCCUCCGGAGCGUCCUCCGCCGCCUCUGGAGCCUUCCAGGGGAACAGCUAGACCCAGGCUGG